AUGGUUUUUACACAAUUUGCUUGUAGAACAGCUCAAUAUAUUAGCUUAACAAUUGGACAUCCUUUAUAUACACCUUUACCAGGUUUCGAUAGACCUGAAAAAAAUACGGUUUCAUGUUGUUAUGGACAAGAUGGACGUUUUUUUGCUUGGUCAUCAUUACAAGAUGUUAAAAUUAUCGAUACAUCUACAGGAGAAUUAGUCAGAAUCUUAGAAAUUCCUAAGGUAUGUGAAAUAAAAUUGUCGCCAAAAAGUAAUUUUAUUGUUACGUGGGAAAGGCCGUCCAAGGCAGAAGAUGGAUCUGCUAAUAAAAAUCUUAAAAUAUGGAAAAUAAAUACAGGACAGAAGCUUUGUUCGUUUGUUCAAAAAAGUCAAAUAUGGAAUUUACAAUAUACAACAGAUGGGAAACUUUGUGCACGCAAAGUGACAAAUGAAAUCCAGUUCUUCGAAUCGGCAAAUAUGGAAAAAGGUCCUAUAUAUAGAUUACAUGCUAAUGGAGUAUCUUCAUUUUCAUUGUCACCAGGAAGAAACAAUGUUAUUGCAGUAUUUAUUCCGGAGAUGAAAGGAACACCAGCAACCGUCUCAAUUUAUAAUAUUCCAACAUUUUCUUUUGUUAUUAGUCAAAAAGCAUUUUAUAAAGCAGACAAUGUCCAAAUGAAAUGGAAUAAAAUAGGAACUACAUUAAUUAUUUCAACAUCUACAGAUGUAGAUAAAACAAAUAAAAAUUAUUACGGGGAAACAAAUAUGUACAUUCUAAGUGCAAUCAGAAAUUAUGAUUCCAGAAUUAAUCUCGACAAAGAAGGUCCUAUUCAUGAUAUAACAUGGUCUCCAAAUUCACGUGAGUUUGGAGUAGUAUAUGGAUAUAUGCCUUCUAAAACUACAAUUUUUGAUAACCAGGCUAAUAUCAUAUAUUCUUUACCACUUUCACCUCGUAAUACAAUAUUAUUUUCUCCUCAUGAUCGUUUUGUUUUAGUAGCAGGUUUUGGAAAUUUAAAAGGAACAAUUGAUAUCUAUGAUAAAGAAAAGGAAAUGAAAAAAAUAACAACUAUAGAAGCUAGUAACAGUACAGUUUGUGAAUGGAGUCCUGAUGGUAGACAUAUUUUGACUGGAAUAACUAGUCCAAGAUUAAGAGUAGACAAUGGAAUUAAAAUAUGGCACUAUAGUGGCGCCUUGAUGUACAGUGAGGAAAUAAAUGAACUUUAUGAAGUUUUUUGGCAACCACAAAAUCCAGAGAUUUAUCCACUUCGUUCAUCUCUUUCUCCUGUACCUAAACCACAUUCUUCUGCUUCGCUCGUUGCCAAUAAGACACCACUCAAGUCAGUAGGGGCGUAUAGGCCCCCACAUGCUCGUUCUACUGCAACACCUAAAGAAUAUAAAAGAGAAGAUGAAAAAAUUAUGAUCAUUAGUUCUCAAGAAAUAAAACAUAAAACAACUACAGAUCCAUUUAUACCUGGAGCAAAUCCCUCAAUUCAAACUCAAGGUUCUAGUAAAGCAGCUUUAAAAAAUAAAAAAAGAAGGGAUGCAGCAAAAAAAGCUAAAGAAUCGAAAGUCAUUGAUGUACAAAGUACAAAUGGUAUAUCUUCUCAGUCCAUUACCUCAAAUUUGGAACCGCCACACGUUAUUGAAAAUUCUUUAGAUAAUGAAAAUAAAAAAAUUCGUUCAUUACUUAAAAAAUUACGAGCUAUUGAAAAAUUAAAAACACAACAGGAAAAAGGAAAUAAACUAGAAGAUACACAAAUAGAGAAAAUAGCUACAGAAGGCCGAUUAAGGUCUGAAUUGAAAGCUUUAGGCUGGAAUGACCAAUGUAUGAGUGUGAAAUAG